AUGGCGUUUGUCGAGGGUCAGGCGUCGUCCUCCAAGGGCCCCGCCAAGUCCUUCUCCAAGGGCAACGCAAAGGGCAAGGGCGGAAACAAGCCCAAGCAGCCUCUUGUAAAGACCAACCAGGCCAAGCGUAACCGUCAGAACGACGAGCUGCGCGAGCUCCAGGAGCGCAUCGACAGCUAUGACGCGCCGAGCGAACUCACUCUGUUCUCGCAGCUCCCGCUGUCGAGCCGCACUCUGAGAGGCCUCAAGCACAGCCACUUCCUCAACCCCACCCCUAUCCAAGCUCUGUCUAUCCCCCCCGCUCUCCGUGGACAGGACAUUCUCGGCUCGGCGCGUACCGGUUCGGGCAAGACGCUCGCCUUCCUCAUUCCCAUGCUGGAGCGCCUGUACCUCCAAAAGUGGGGCCCUAUGGACGGCCUUGGUGCUGUUGUCAUCUCGCCCACUCGUGAGCUGGCUGUGCAGACUUUCAACGCGCUGCGUGACAUUGGUCGCUUCCACACCUUCUCGGCUGGUCUUGUCAUUGGUGGCAAGCCGCUCAAGGAGGAGCGCGACCGUCUUGGCCGCAUGAACAUUCUCAUUGCUACCCCCGGUCGUCUCCUGCAGCACCUCGACUCUACUGUUGGCUUUGACAGUAUGAGUGUCAAGGUGCUCGUGCUUGACGAGGCGGACCGUCUCCUUGACCUGGGUUUCCUUCCCGCUCUGCGUGCCAUUGUCCAGCACUUUUCGCCGUCCGAGACUGCGCGUGCCGACCGCCAGACGCUGCUCUUCUCGGCCACCCAGUCCAACGACCUCACCAGCCUUGCCAAGCUGUCGCUCCACGACCCCUUGUACAUCAACUGCAACAAGCCCGGAGAGGAAGGUGUCAUGCCCAGCAACCUCGAGCAGUUUUACGCCGUGGUCCCUCUGGACCGCAAGCUGGACGCUCUGUGGGGUUUCAUCAAGAGCCACCUGAAGAUGAAGGGUGUCGUGUUUGUCACCAGUGGCAAGCAGGUGCGCUUCAUCUUUGAGACUUUCCGUCGUCUCCACCCGGGUCUCCCCCUCAUGCACCUGCACGGCAAGCAGAAGCAGCCUACGCGUAUGAGCAUCUUCCAAAAGUUCUCGAGCUCCAACUCGGCGCUUUUGAUCUGUACCGAUGUUGCCGCCCGUGGUCUCGACUUCCCCGCUGUCGACUGGGUCGUCCAGCUCGACUGCCCCGACGACGUCGACACGUACAUUCACCGUGUCGGCCGUACCGCGCGUUACCAGAGCGAGGGCAAGGGUCUGUGUAUCCUCUGCCCGUCCGAGGAAGAGGGCAUGAAGACCCGCUGGACCGACAAGGGCAUCGACGUCAAGAGGAUCAAGAUCAAGGAGAGCAAGAUGGGCAAGCUCGACCAACAGAUGCAGAGCUUUGCGUUCAAGGAGCCCGAGAUCAAGUAUCUCGCUCAGAGGGCAUUCAUCUCGUACAUGCGUUCGAUCCACAUUCAAAAGGACAAGUCUACGUUCAAGCUCAGCGAGUACCCCGCCGAAAAGUAUGCCGCCAGCAUGGGUCUUCCCGGUGCUCCCCAGAUCAAGCUGCUCGAAAAGUCGGGCAAGAACCAGGAGCGCGGUGCGCAGAAGAAUGACGAGGACACCGGCCCCACUGUUAUCCACCAGAGGCUAGCGGAGACGGACAGCGAGGACGAGGACGACGAGGACAGCGAAGACGACGAGGGCGACGACAGCGAGAGUGGAGAGGAGAGCGAUGCUUCUGGCUCUGGUUCUGGCUCUGGUUCGGAUGCCCCUGCACCCAAGCAGGCUCCCGCCGUCCGGACAAAGUACGAUCGCAUGUUCGAGCGCAAGAACCAGUCGAUCCUCACCCCGCACUACUCCAAGCUCGUGGCCCACGACGACGACCUGGCCGGUGCCGAGGACGACGACGACGACGUGUUCACCCUCGCCCGUCGCGACCAUGACCUGGACGGUGCCGACAGCGACGAGGACUUUGAGGGCGUCAAGAAGCCCCUCAUCUCGUCCGAGGACCUGUCCAAGCGCAAGCUCAAGGAGGGCACGACCCGCAAGGGCCAGCUCAAGAACCGCGGCAUGCCCACCAAGGUUGUGUUCGGCGAGGACGGCGAGGCGCGCGACUUUUACGAGCACGGCGACGACGUCGAGGCUGGCGCUGGUGCCGAGGAGGUCCGCCGCGCGUUCGUCGAAGCUGAGAGCGCGCGCAUGCGCGAGGCCGACAUUGUCGAUCGCGAGGUGGCGCGCGAGAAGCGUCGUGAGAAGAAGCGCAAGAGAAAGGAGCGCGAGCGUGAGUUUGCUCCGGAUCUGCGGAGCUUUUACACAGAAGCCAAGAACCAUGACGACGGGGAAAUCCAGCCUCGGGUGGCGCGGGAUCCGAAGACGAGCGAGGACGCGACUGACAUUCCACAGGUGAUGGCGUCCAUGAUGGGCGGCGACGAGGGCGGUGUCGCCUACCUCGGCGGCUCGGGCGACGAGAGCGGCGGCAGCGACGCUGGCCCCGGGUUCGACUAUGACAGCGACGCCGCCGGAUCGGCCGCUUCGCGCUCGGCUAGCCCCGAGCCUGCGGCGCGUCCUUCCAAGAAGCGCCGUGCUGCCGAGGCAGAGCUCGAGGAUGACGAGGAGCUGGCUCUCCGCCUGCUCCGCGGCAACUGA